UAAUCACAUUCCAGAUAUAUAUAAUUAGUGCUAAACUAAAAUGCUUAGAGCUGUAUCAGUUAGACAAGCCAGAGGUGUGGUUUCAGGUAGAAGUUGUAAGAAUUUAAUUGGAAGUUUACGGAGUUUUUCUAAGAUAGUAAGUCAAGUUGAUGCUUCAGACGAUUCACAAACUGGUAAAUUUGUUAAUACAGUUUCAAAACCUUAUGCUGUUACUACUUAUGCUAGACCAAAUUUAGUAUUGACUCAUGGUAAAGGAUCGAUUUUAUAUGAUUUAGAAAAUAGACAAUAUAUAGAUUUUAGUAGUGGGAUUGCUGUUACUUGUUUAGGACAUGCUAAUGAAGAACUUGCCCAAGUUAUUAAUGAUCAAACAUCAAAAUUAUUACAUUGUUCAAAUUUAUUCUAUAAUCUUCCUGCUGGAGAAUUGGCUAAUAAAUUAGUAUCUAAAACCAGAGAUUCAGGAGCUAUGAAAGAUGCUCAAAGAGUAUUUUUAUGUAAUUCAGGUACUGAAGCUAAUGAAGCUGCAUUAAAAUUUGCUAGAAAAUAUGGUAAAACAAUUAAUGAAUCUAAAAUUGAAAUUAUAACAUUUAAAAAUUCUUUUCAUGGUAGAACUAUGGGAGCUUUAUCUGUUACUCCUAAUCCUAAAUAUCAAGCACCAUUUUCUCCUUUAAUUCCGAGUAUUCAAGUGGCUGAUACUGAAGAUAUUAAUAGUGUAGCUAAAGUUAUUAGUAAAGAAAAAACUUGUGCAGUUAUUAUUGAACCAAUUCAAGGUGAAGGUGGAAUUAAUAUUGUUAAUGAAAAAUUCUUAGUUGAACUUCGAAAACUUUGUGAUGAAAAUGAUGUAUUAUUAAUUUUUGAUGAAAUUCAAUGUGGUUUAUCAAGAAGUGGUAAAUUAUGGGCUCAUUCAACUUUAAAUGAAUCAGUUAAUCCAGAUAUUCUUACUAUGGCUAAAGCUUUAGGUAAUGGAUUCCCAAUUGGUGCUACUAUGAUUACUGAUAAAGUUGAAAGUGCCCUUCAAGUUGGUGAUCAUGGUACUACUUAUGGUGGUAAUCCAUUAGCUGCUAGAAUUGGUAAUUUUGUUUUAGAUAAACUUACUGAAGAAUCUUUCUUACAAGGGGUUAAUGAAAAAUCAGAAAUUUUUAAAACUUCUCUUGAUAAGAUAGCUAAAAAAUAUCCUGAUCAUGUAUUGGCAGUUAAGGGUAAAGGAUUAUUAUUAGGAUUACAAUUAAAUAAUUCAGUCGAUAGUACGGCUGUAGUUAAUAAGUGUAGAGAAAAUGGGUUAGUCGUUAUAACUGCGGGUUUAAAUGUGGUAAGAAUUGUUCCAGCCUUAAAUAUCCCUAAUGAAUUGAUUUCUAAAGGGUUAGAUAUAUUGGAUCAUAGUUUGAAACAGGUUAUUGAAUCUUCAACUUAGUUAUCUACGUAUAUUACCAUAGAAUUUAAUCCAUAGUACAUAGUACAUACAUUAGAGAAAAGCUCGGCUGCGAUUUGUAGAGCGGGAUCUGAACCCGUGAAAGAAAAAAA